GAUUUGAAUACCAAAGCUCCACUAACUCAACGAACAAGGCUGUUAAUGUAAUUGUCUGCAGAAAAAGGACUUGGUGAUGUAGAAAAUGUGGGAAUAUAUGGACAAUCAUCAGAAACUGGAUCUGGCAAAGAACUCACAGCACCUAAUUUAUCACCUCCAAUGGAUCUACCUUGUGAGGGAGAAAAUGAGUUUCCACAUUUCAGAGAUGUUGCAGAGAUUGUAGAUUCAUUCUUGACAGCUAGCCCAUCAAAAAUAAACGAUCAACUGAUUGAUGUCGACAAUGGCC